GACGGCUGCUACGGCGAGGGAGCGAGUGACCUUGGAUACCCCAAUUAUGCCUACAACUUGCCGCAGCUAUGCGCCGUCACCGUCAACGUCUCGACCUACCGGUUUGGGCUCUUCCUUCCCAUGACCAACUGGCAGGGAAGAUUCCUCGCCGUCGGAAACUAUGCUUUCCAAGGCGGGAUCAACUGGGUGGAUAUGACGCCGGGGCCGCACUACGGCAUGGCAACCAUGUCGACAGACACCGGGCACAUCUCAUCUCCAGCGGCAGACACAGCUAUGGACUGGGCUAAGAACAACCCCCGGGCACAAGCAGACUGGGGCUAUGUCGCCAUGAACGGCUCCAUUACCUACGCUAAGCUACUCACGGAGCAGUUCUACCGAGCACUCGGCGGCGGCUCUACUGUGCUCAACCGUUCCUAUUACAGCGGGUGCUCGACUGGCGGCCGCCAGGGGUUGAAGCAGAUACAGAUCAACCCACAGAGUAUUGACGGUGCCCUAAUAGGGGCUCCAGCAUGGCAGACGGACCACCUCAUGCCCUGGAUCACCAAGAUUGCCAGCUACAACCUCCCUGAAAGCGACCCUAAGGUCCUCGGACCCGCCCAGUGGACUCUCCUCUCUCAGAUCGCAGCAGCCACCUGCGACGGCCUCGACCACGUUACCGACGGCAUCAUCAGCAUCGACAACUGCAGGCUGAUCGCCGCCAAUUUCACCGCCUACACCUGCGGCAACCCCGGCACCGACCCGUCCAACUGCCUUAGCCCGGCACAGGUCACCACCGCGCAGGCUAUGUACAGCGACUACUACCUCGGCGACGACAGCAGCGGCAACGGCACGCUGGUGUACCACGGGCCCAACCCGGGCAGCGAGGCCGACUGGGCGGCGUACCUCACGGCCGGCCUGCCCAGCGGCUUCGACCAGGCGUGGGCGGCCAACUUCCUGGGCGACGCGGGCGACCGGGACGCGGACAGCGUGUUCGCCAAGUCGGUGGCGCAGGACCCGGGCGGCGCGACGGCCGACGCGUUCGACAUCCGCGCCUUCCGCGACAACGGCAGGGGCGGCGGCGGCAAGCUGAUCCUGUACCACGGCCUCGCCGACGGCGUGCUGCCCACGCGCGGCUCGCUGCUGUACUUCAACCGGACGGCGCAGGUGACGGGGGACGGGACGGACGCGGCGGCGGCCAUGGCGUCGUGGUUCAGGUACUUCCAGAUCCCCGGUAUGCGCCACUGCUGGGGCAGCGACGUGGGCGCGCCGUGGAUGAUCGGCGGCGCCGGACAGCCCGCCAGCAUCUACGCCAUGGACCAGACCGGGUAUUCGGUGCCCGGGCGGUUGCGGGAUCCGCGGUAUGACGCCCUGCAGGCGCUGAUCGAGUGGGUUGAAAACCAGCGGCCGGUCGAUAGCCUGGUGGCAACGAGCUGGAGACCGAACAGUGGCGCGGUGUGGCGCGAGCGUCCGCUGUGUCCGUGGCCGAGAACGGCCGUACUGAAGGCGCCGGGUCUGGAUGAGACGGUGGCGGAUAACUGGCAGUGUUCU